AUGGGGCUGCCGCUGCCGCUACCGAUCCGAUUGACGUGGACGAGGAGCAACUUGGAGAAAGUCAAGUCACUCCAUCUGCCAGUGGAGGGCCUGCUGGUGCCAAUACCGAUCAGGAGGAGCUUAGCCGAGCACAACGAAUUGCCAGGACCGCUAUGUGGAAAGAGGAUCAACCGACCAACAAGCGACUCAUCCUGCAGUAAUCUCCUCAAACACGCUGCAAGUUGUGUUAAGAAGAAACAUGAUCAAGACCAUACAAGGACCCUUGGAUCGCUUGGAGUCACUGGCACUGGUGACAUUGACCCACGCGAGGUAACACAGAAAUGUGCAAUCUGGUGUGCGGAGGCUGCACGCCCAUUCUCUGCAUUGGAAGACAACAGCCUCAAGAGCAUCUUGCACCCAACUGUCCUCAAGAACUUACCCAAUCGACGGAUGGUCUCCAAAGCAAUUCAUGUCUUUUACACCGUGGUACAGGAAGCCUUCAAGUUGGAGUUGAAGAGCCACACAGGAGCAUUGUAUCUUGGGUUGGACGCAUGGCAAUCGCCCAACGGGUUCGACAUUCUUGGUAUAGUAGUCUACUGGCUUAACGAGCGAGCCGGGCUUCAAUCUAUGCCACUCGAUUUCAUCAAGUUAUCCCGCAGCCACACAGGCAAAUACUUGGCUGAAACAGUACAGCUGGUCGUUGAAAAAUUUGGUAUUGCGAGCAAGAUUUAUGGCAUUGUGUCAGAUAACGCGUCCAAUAAUGAAGUUAUGGUAAAUGAGCUGAAAAAUCUGAAGUGGCCCCACUUCAAAGGACAACCUCAAUGGAUACGCUGCUUUGCCCAUAUACUCAAUCUAAUUGCAAAGGCUAUCCUGCGACCGUUUGGACCACAAAAAAGAAACCAGAAAGAAACAUCUGACUUGGCCGAUCGAUCUGAAUCCGAUUCCGAAACAGAAUCAUCUGAUUGCGAAGAGCAGAUUGCGUUGUACACCAAGGGGAGUGAAGUUGUAAUUAGUGAUUCCGAAGACAAUGAUUUGGGAGACUCAGAUGGGAUUACAAAGGAGGCCGACAGCGAGGAAUUGGAUACUAAUGACAUUCAACAAUUAAGUGACGAAGAUGAAGAUGUCGACAAAUACACAUCUUCAAGUUGCCGACAAACUCUUACAAAGUUUCGUGCCAUUGCCCGUAAGCUGAAAAAAUCACCAAACUCAAAAGCAACUUUUAUCAAGUUAUGCAUAGAAAAAAAGUGUGACAAACCGCAUACUAUCGAACGAGAUGUUUGUACAAGAUGGAACUCGACUCUAAUUCAACUAAAUAGCAUCAUCAGGUGUCACUCCGCCAUUAUUGAAUGGCAGAAGGACAAAAAAUAUGGACUCGCUCGGAAAUAUCAAAUUAAUGAGAGGGACAUCAAAUUAGCUAUCGACUUGGCUGCAAUACUGCAGCCUUUGCUUGAAAUAACGCUUCAAGUUUCACUUGCAGGAUCACCUCGGUUAUCGCAUGUGGUGGUCUUCAUCGAUCAAAUAACCGAACAUCUCUCGACUAUCAUAGCUCAAGAAUCUUACGCUCCUGUCUUGAGGAAUGCGUGUCGUGGCGGUUUGCAGCUUACUAACAAAUACUAUACUCUAACCGACUGCUCACCCCUUUACAGAGUGGCUAUGAUACUCCACCCCUCAUUCAAGGAUGAGUACUUCAAGAUUGCUGGCUGGGAUCAAAAGUGGAUCGAUGAUGCAAUUUCUCACACACGCGAGAUGUGGAUCAAUCACUAUAAGCCAAAACCAAUACCCACAGCUUCCAAAUCAGUCGACCCUAAAUCAAAACACCCAACCGGAUUCCUUUCGCAACUUGGUGCCGCAUCUGCAGCACGCUCAGGGAACUCAUCAACCGAUCCACUUGACAUCUGGCUUAGCGGUGCUCUUGUCUUGGAUGGAUCCGAUCCUAUCGACGCCCUUGAAUGGUGGCUUCAACAAAAGCGGGGAGGAAACACUUAUGGAGGGCUUUUGACUAUGGCACUGGAUGUAUUGAGUUGUCCAGUCUUUUGA